CUCCCUCCUCCCCCAGUGUCUCCAGCAGUCAGUGAGAGCUGCAGGCGCUGCUAGGAAGGGGAGUGUGCGGACUCAGGGCUGCAGCCUGCCCUCUGCCUAUUUUAGUCACAUAUCCACGUUAACUGUGCAGCUUCUCCCCAAAACUGGUAAACUUUCCCGGGACUCCUGAGUGACCAGUGUUGCACAGACAGUAUUUGUCAAAAUGGAUGUACCAGAUAUACUGAGUACCAUGCUGCCAGUGAACACAACGUCUAUGCUCAAUGAUACAUCUGUGGCCUUAGAUGAAGAUGAAAUCAUGUGUGAAAACUGGAGAGAUAUCCACCACUUGGUCUUCCAUUUGGCAAAUGCAUGUUUUGCUGUAGGGCUGAUUAUUCCAACAACACUGAACCUUCACAUGAUUUGUCUACGUGCCAUGUUGUGUCUAGGAUGUGCUUUCUUUAUCUUGUGGGCUGCUCUUUUCCGUUGUGCGUUAGACAUAGUGGUAUGGAAUGCUGUGUUCCUUUCUUUCAACUUUAUGCAUUUUAUUUACUUGGUAUAUAAAAAGAGACCCAUCAAGAUUGAUAAGGAGUUGAAGGGUAUAUACCACAAGAUGUUUGAACCACUUCAUGUGCCUCCUGCACUUUUUCAAAGACUAACUGGGCAAUUCUGUAGCAUUCAGAAUUUAACAAAGGGACAGACAUAUGCUGUAGAGGACAAGACUUCAGUUGAUGAUCGUCUAAGUAUCCUGCUGAAGGGAAAAAUGAAGGUAUCCUAUCGUGGGCAUUUUCUUCAUAAUAUAUAUCCCAAUGCAUAUAUUGAUUCACCUGAAUUUCGAUCAACAGAGAUGAAUAGAGGUGAAAAAUUUCAGGUUACAAUUACUGCAGAUGAUAACUGUGUGUUUUUGUGUUGGUCACGAGAAAGGCUUACUUAUUUUCUGGAGUCUGAGCCAUUCCUAUAUGAAAUAUUUAAGUAUUUGAUUGGUAAAGAUAUUACAAAUAAACUUUACUCCUUGAAUGACCCCACAUUAAGUGACAAGGUUGCCAAAAAACUAGAUAGACAGCCUAGCCUCUGCUCCCAGCUGUCUGUAAUGCAAAUGAGGAACAGCAUGGCCAGUACAAGUGACAGUGAAGACGGCUUGCACAACUUCCUACGAGCGACAUCUACUGCCUCAUCCCUGCGUCAUUCUCCCUGUCUGAGAGCUUCAGCAAAGAUGAAACCAAUAGAAGAAUGUAUUGAGGAUGAUGUGUUUGAACCAACAGUUUCACUUACGUCUAAGAUCCAGAGGUUUCCGUAAAUGCUGACAACCUGACAAAGCAGAAGAUAUCUCACGAAGUGUUGUAACUUCAAGAGCUUCUAAACAAGCAUUCGCCUUUUUGUUUUCAAUUAGCAUUAAUGUUUCUGUAUGUUCAAUAUAAAGCAGAAGAUUUAUUUUACUCUGCAAUGUAAAUAUUGCUGUGAAAGCAAAAAAAACAUGAAUUUACGCUAACAGUUCUUUAAAAUAUGUUUUGAACACACAUUGUUUUUAAAAGCAAAUUAAUAAAGUAUAAAAUGUGACACUGCCUUUAAAAGCCACAUAACUACUGCAUUUUCAACACAUAAAGAGAUAACUUUAUUAAAAAGACAAGACUACAAUGCAGCAAAGGCCAAACAUUGUUAUCACUGGAAAUUAUGGUAAACUGUAUUUAUUCAUAUAAAGGGUAGUUUUUGA